UAUAUUCUACGUGGUGCAGUAUGUUCUCUACGUGGUGCAGUAUGUUCUCUAUGUGGUGCAGUAUGUUCUCCAUGUAACCAGACAACAGCACAUGGUGCAGUAUGUUCUCUACACGGUGCAGUAUGUUAUCUAUGUGGUGCAACAACAACACAUGGUGCAGUAUGUUCUCUACGUGGUGCAGUAUGUUCUCUCGUGCAACAAACACAUGGUGCAGUAUGUUCUCUACGUGGUGCAGUAUGUUCAGUAUGUUCUCUACGUGGUGCAACAACAACACAUGGUGCAGUAUGUUCUCUACGUGGUGCAGUAUGUUCUCUACAUGGUGCAGUAUGUUCUCUACAUGGUGCAGUAUGUUCUCUACGUGGUGCAGCAUGUUCUCUACGUGGUGCAGCAUGUUCUCUACAUACAACAACACAUGGUGCAGUAUGUUCUCUACAUGGUGCAGUAUGUUCUCUACAUGGUGCAGUAUGUUCUCUACGUGGUGCAGCAUGUUCUCUACGUGGUGCAGCAUGUUCUCUACGUACAACAACACAUGGUGCAGUAUGUUCUCUACGUGGUGCAGUAUGUUCUCUACGUGGUGCAGUAUGUUCUGCAGUCUCGUGGUGCAGUAUGCAUGUUCUCACGUGGUGCAGCAUGUUCUCCUCGUGGUGCAGUAUGUUCCGUGGUGCAGUAUGUUCUCUAUGGAUUGCAGCAUGUUCUCCACGUGGUGCAGCAUGUUCUCUACGUGGUGCAGCAUGUUCUCAUUGUGCAGUAUGUUCUCUACGUGGUGCAGUAUGCACGUGGUGCAGUAUGUUCUCUACAUGUAACCAGACAACAACACAUGGUGCAGUAUGUUCUCUACGUGGUGCAGUAUGUUCUCUACGUGGUGCAGUAUGUCCCCUGCGUGGUGCAGCAUGCCCUCACGUGUAUGUUCUCUACGUGGUGCAGUAUGUUCUACGUGGUGCAGUAUGUUCUCUACGUGUAUGUUCUGGUGCAGUAUGUCCUCUCGUGGUGCAGUAUGUCCACUGGUGGUAUGUUCCCCAUGGUGCAGUAUGUUCUCGGGUGCAGCAUGGUGCAGUAUGUUCUCCACGACAACACAUGGUGCAGUAUGUUCUCUACAUGGUGCAGUAUGUUCUCUAUGUGUAACCAGAACAACAACAUGGUGCAGUAUGUUCUCGUGGUGCAGUAUGUUCUCUACGUGUGCAUAUGUCUCUACGUGGUGCAGUAUGUCCUCUACGUGGUGCAGUAUGUUCCUCUACGUGGUGCAGUAUGUUCUCUCGUGGUGCAGUAUGUUCUCUACGUGGUGCAGUAUGUUCUCUACGUGGUGCAGCAUGUUCCUCUGACCAGAUGGUCACAUGGUGCAUAUGUUCUCUACGUGGUGCAGUAUGUUCUCUACGUGGUGCAGCAUGUUCCUCUGGUGAGCAUCUACAGUACCAGACACAUGGUGCAGUAUGUUCUCUACGUGGUGCA